AUGCUGACGACAUCUGCCGUGGAGAGUAGACAAGAACGGGCUAGCCAGGUUGGUGUGUUUGUCAAUGCUGGACCGUUUUAUUUCCCAGACAUGUUCACUGCGUUGGGCUUUGAUGGAGCUGCGGGUGUGAUGGUUGCGAUUAUCGGUGGAUGUGCUCUACUUCCAAUCAUCGCAGUCCAAUUCGUUUCGACACGCGCAGAGAAGCGCUAG